CCUUGUGCCCCCAUUUUGAGUAUCCAAUUCCAAUACCCCCACAGACCAAUCUCUAGGCUCUCCAACUCUCCCAGAAGCAAACAGCAAUGGCCGCCGCAGCGCCGCCCCCGCCCCCAACGCCGGCACCGGAGCCCUCCCUAGCACUGCCGGAAUCCGCCCAAUUGGGCCACCCACUCUUCACCCGCAUCCGGCUGGGCACGGCCGCCGACGUCCCCCACAUCCACAAGCUGAUCCACCAGAUGGCCGUGUUCGAGCGGCUCACCCACCUCUUCUCCGCCACGGAGUCCUCCCUCGCGGCCACGCUCUUCUCGCCCACCACCGAGCCCUUCCGCUCCUUCACGGUCCUCCUUCUAGAAGCUUCCCCCACCCCCUUCCCCGACCCCUCUCCCUCCAACUCCCACCCCCACUUCCAGCCCCUCACCAGACUCGUGACCCUCGACCGCCCCAUCGAGGACCCCGAGAGGGACACGUUUCGGAGCCUCGACGGUGCGGUGGUUGUGGGGUUCGUGUUGUUUUUUCCGAACUAUUCGACGUUUUUGGGGAAGGCGGGGUUCUACGUGGAGGACUUGUUCGUUCGGGAGUGUUACCGGCGGAGGGGGUUGGGGCGGAUGCUGCUGUCGGCGGUGGCGAAGCAGGCCGUGAAGAUGGGGUACGGCAGGGUGGAGUGGGUGGUGCUCGAUUGGAACGUUAACGCCAUCAGCUUUUAUCAGGAGAUGGGGGCCCAAGUCUUGAACGAGUGGAGGAUUUGCAGGCUCACUGGGGACGCUCUCAAUGCUUAUGGUCAUGCUCCUUAGAAGACAAAACAAAAUAAAAAUUCCCCCUUUUUUUUUUUCAAUAAUGAGGAUUUGGGUUUCGAUUAGGCCAUUAGGGUUUCUUUUUUACUGUGUUUGAAGGUGGACAUUAUACUACUUGUCGUUUUGUGAUGUGUGGUAAAUGAUUACUCCAUGGUAAUGUUGGUUUCUUUAACGUUGGUUGCAAUGCUUUCGAUAAAUGUUACACUUUUUUUUAUCCAUGGAAAUGGUAAUAUCUUUAUCAUGUGGACUACCUUAUUGGUUGUGGUAGUUCAAAUAUUAAAGUCUGGUAUGGGUUUUAA